AUGGGAAAACUUGAAAAUGCCUCAUUCAACAGUUCCGAGGGCUGCCUCUGCGGGCCUUGGCACAGCCACUUCUUUCUCCCUCUCGCAGUGGUGUAUGUACUGGUUUUUGUGGUGGGGGUGGUGGGCAAUCUUCUGGUGUGCCUGCUGAUUCUUCGGGACCAGGCCAUGAAGACACCCAAAAACUACUACCUGUUCAGCUUGGCCGUCUGUGACCUCCUGGUCCUGCUGCUGGGAAUGCCCCUGCAAGUCUACGAGAUGUGGAGCUACUCUCCCUUCCUGCUCUGGCACCCAGGCUGCUACUUCAAGACAGCUCUCUUUGAGACCGUGUGUUCCGCCUCGGUCCUCAGCAUCACUGCGGUCAGCGUGGAGCGCUACCUGGGCAUCCUCCACCCCUUCUAUGCCCAACGGAAAAGCACCUGCCGGAGGGCUUGCAGCAUCCUCGGCCUUAUCUGGGGCUUCUCCCUCAUCUUCUCUAUGCUCAGCACCAUCAUCUAUGGCUUUAGGGUCCCCUACAUCCCCAGUGAGACCUGGGUUCCUGGCUCUGCCACCUGUACAGUCAUCGAGCCCGUGUGGAUCUACAAUGUCUUCAUCCAGGUCACCUCCUUCCUCUUCUACGUCCUCCCCAUGACGCUCAUCAGUGUCCUCUACUACCUGAUGGGGCUCAGGCUGAAGAAAAAUAAAUUCCUUGAGGCAGAUAAAGUGACUGGAGUUAUCCAUAGACCCGCCAGAAAAAGAUACAAGAUGCUCUUUGUCUUGUUCUUAGCAUUUGCCAUCUGUUGGGCCCCAAUCCACAUUCAUCGCCUCUUCUUCAGCUUCGUGGAGGAGUGGACCAAGUCCCUGGCUGCUGUGUUCAACCUCCUCCAUGUGGUGUCAGGUGUCUUCUUCUACCUGAGCUCAGCUGUCAAGCCUGUCAUCUAUAGCCUGCUGUCUUGCCGCUUUCAGGAAUCAUUUCAGAAAGUGAUCUCUCCUUCCUGCAAAAGAUGGUACUCCCAGCAUCACUCACGGAAGCCAGCAGGCCAGCAGAACAUCUUGCUGACAAAUCGCCACCUUGAAGACACAGGUCCCCAGCUGCCUUGACAGUCAUCCAUCUGCAACUCUCAGCUCUGAACCGUCCCCAUGAAAGGGACUCUCAGAGAUGCCACCUCUACAAGGCACCUUUUAUCUUUGAGGUGCAUUCCUCCAUGUCUCCGCAGUGCAGGGAGGAGUCCUGAAACCUUUCAGAUUAAGAGUUCCCUGGAUGACAUGGGAAUGCCCUUAGAGCAGUUAGCCCUGGACCCCAGUCUCCAACUCAUUAUCAGUCCACUCAUCACUGACAAUGGGAUCAGACACAAGUUCAAUUUAGAAAAGAAUGGGAUAGGAAGAGAGAGAAGGUGUGGAGUGAUGGCUCCCUCUGACUUGAGCGAGGAAAGUUUUUCCACUUUUGAGGACUUGGGUGAUGAGCGUGGGCUCACUCAGGCAUCUGGAGAUUUACUGGAGAACAUGCUUGUGAAGGAAAAGGGAGUGGAGGAGCUGGAGAGCCUGGAGAGUCAUCAGCCACAGUAA